AUGACAUUAUCUCCUUCCAAAGAGUUGGCAGGCGUGCUUCAUUUUGUGGUUAUGUGGACCAAAGAAAGUCACAAAUCAAAGCCUUCAUGGAAUGAUGGCACACUGGAUUUUCAUAUUCGCAACAGAAGCUAUAUUCUCAAGGAUGAAAAUUCUUAUACAGUUAAAACUGGGUUUUUAAACCAAGACCGACUUAAUCAACAAGGAGAAAUCAGUUUAGGUGUACCAUAUUUGAUAACCAUUGAAAGUGAAGAAAAAAUGACAUAUACUGAUAUUUCUUCAAUUAUACCAAAAAACAGAAAGGCAUACGUUCCCCCAAGCUUUAAUAACAGCAAUCAACUGGAAAGCUCAACGGUCUUAGAAGCGCCCAAUAAAAACAAUCACCGAGAAACCAGGAAAACAAGCACUAAGGGUAUCAUUGCCCCUCCACAACUCCAUCUCUCCAACACUGUAAAUAUAUCUGGCUCUAAUAUGUUUAGAUCACCUUUAGAUGGGCUGAAUCCUCGCAAACCAAUUUACCCAAAUAGGCCUUCCUCUUCCUCUUCCUCUUCAAGAUCGUCUACAAAAAUAAUUCCUUCGAAAUCAAAAGUGGCUUUAUAUGUAUUAGAUUCCACGACCUCAGCUGCUACUGCUCCAUAUAUUCCACCACUUCCCAAAGCUGCCCAGUAUAAUGUGGUUUCCAUCAGUUCUAAUCAAGUAUCUAACAAUGAUGAUACCCCGAAAAGCUCUCCAAUACCAGAUUUGUCAACGUUAUCAAUGCCAGUUUUUAAUCAUCAAGAAAACUCCAGCAAAACACAAAAUAGAAUGAGAAUUUCGAAAAAGCCGCUUUAUGAAAUACAUAACACUUCCCCAAAAAAAUCAACAAAUAAACUAUCAUCACCUUCUCAAAGGCAAAACUCGUUUGAUGACAAAGAUUUUGGAUCGAGUGAUUUUGAAUUUGAAAGCAGUUUAGAAUUGGAACAUCAUCAAAAAAAAGCCCCACCUAAAUCAACUAAAUCAAAAACUCUUAAAGUUUUUCCAAAGAAAAAGGAUCAAAAUCAAAAAAAUCUGUCGCCUAACUCGAGUCCUCUAUGUGAGGACGAUCUGAUAGAUUUAAAUGUUGGAGAAGUGUCUUAUAGUAAAUCUGCUGAAAAUGAUUUUAAAAAAGGGCCAAAAGUUGCAGUUAAUCGAAAAAAAUCAUUUCCUGGGGUUUCCCCGAUACAAAAUACAGAAAAAAAUCAAGACUCAUCUAAAAGUGAAAGUCCUAGUGCUGCAUCAUAUUUAUUGAACAAUCCGGAGACCAAAUCCACGCACAGAAAAUGCUCAACCCCCCUAUUAACGAAAAGCCAUUCCCCCACACAUGCAAAAAUUGCCGAAAACAAAGAUGAUACCGACAUUUUUAAUUUUGCCUUCCCCAGUAGAUCUAACAGAAAGUUGCUUUCUCUUUCUAGCCGUUCUAUGACUAGCCUUCCCAAAUCUAACAAAUCUGUUAUUCAACCUUCAGCUUUUGGACAGCAUAAUAAACUAGGGUCGUUAAGGGAAGCAUCUAGUAAUGAAAAUCAAAAUAAAAGCAAUAAUGACUUUUUAGAAUUUGAUAAAAGGAUUACUAAUACAAAAACAACGUUAGAAGAUAAGUUGGAGCAUUCGGGUAUCCUCAAAAAAAUAUCAACAACCUUGCGGGACGAUCUAAAAUCAGCAAAAUAUUGCGACAGUAGUGGGGUGCCUGCCAAAAAUAAAGAUUCUGCAAGUCCAUUUGAAUUUGAUAGUGAUGACGAUAUUGAAGUUUUAGACCAGUGCGAAGCAGAUGCUGUGACAAAGUCAAACCUCAAACGUCAUACAAACUUUUCCGUUGCAGAAAUUUCUAAACGUACCAAAGUCAAUAAAAACCUUGUCACGCGCGACAGCCCUACCAUUGAAGAUAGUUUUAACCAUUUAAAAGAAAAGAACGAACUUUUAAAUAUGGAUAAAGUCCAAAAGGAAAAGUCUCUGGAAAUUACAAGUUCUUUACCAAAACAAAAAACGCAUAAGAGCCUCUCGUCUUUUGCUUUUACGAACUUGGAUAAAAAAUACUGUGCUCCCAUACCCGGUAAUUCGGUCAAAGACUCGGUUUUAAAUACUUCUGAUGCUACAAUCCCUGAUAACAUGAAUGGAUUGAAAAAAAAGCAGGUAGAUUCAACACUAAAAACAAAUGUUGAUAAAACUUUAGAAGACACACACAAUGAUAUUGAUCAGUUUCCAGGGUCUUCCUCUCAAAACAAUAUACGGCAGUAUCCUAGCAGCUUUGGCGAAGCCUUUGGCUUUAAUGAUGACAUUGAUAUGAAUCAGCAUCAUGAGCCAAAUGAAUAUUUGAGCUCUGGAUCUGAAGAGAAUUACUUACCUAAACAACCAGCAAAGUCAUUUCUACCACCAAAAAGCCCCGAGUUUGAGUUUGAUGAUGAACCUAGCUUGGAUCUUGAUUUGGAAAAUUUGAGCGAGCUCGGAGCACGUUUUGAUUUUGUUCGGAAAAGUGAUGUCAUCUCUGAAAGGAAAAUAAGUACAGAGAAUGAAGUUGAUUUUAUUCCAGCUAGCAGCGAGCUUAUAGAAAUUGACUCCUUUUCAGCAUCAAAAACUCCACAGCCUAAAUUUAACGGUCGGGUUGAUAAUACAUCAUCAGUUCCUUUGGCAGGUCAAAAUAAUUCAGAUAGCGAUGAGCUUCCAGAUUCUGAAAAAGAUGAUUUUAAAAUACCCGCCUCAUUUGAAAUGCCACCUCCAUCAAAUAUAAAACCCAAACCUCCAGUUUCUCACAGUACCAUUGUUGAUACCUCUGAGAUAGCUCAGCGCACUGAAUCACUUUUAGACUUAAGCUUUGAGCUUUCUCAGGCAAUUGACAAAGUAGAAAUGUCUUUAUCUCAACAAAAUCCGGAUUUUGCGGAAGAAACUUCUGCUAAAGAUGUAGCAUUAGGGGGAAACAUUGGUGGUGCAAUUGGUGCGAACCAUACCACCGCUAAUACACUGCCUACCUUUUUCAACAUUACAAACGCACUUGUGUUCCCUUCUAAUAAUAAAAUGCCAGCUUAUAAAAAUCCCUUGAAGCAAAAUGAUAAAAAAGGUAAUGGAAGAAACUAUAAAACAUCAACUAACGAUGGAUUUUCCUUAGCCUCUAAAAACAAACAGCCACCAGUUAUCAUUACAGAGUUUGGACCGUGGACACCAGAGACGCUUGAACUUUUUGAUUGGAGGCCUCCUAAUCUUUCAUAUCCCCCAAAUAAUUUGUAA